UUCUGCAGAGGUAGAUGUUUCCACUCAAGACACAAGAUGACAGCUAUUAUGAUGUUCGCACCACUGUACACAUUUUUGCUUCUUGGAGUGAUGGCUCAUGCACGAGUUGGGACUGAGCCCUCAGCCAUACAACAGUCGAGUGGUCUCAUGUCAGCCAAUGUUGGGGACACAGUGACUUUGCAGUGCUUCUAUGAAGGCAACAUGGCCAUGCAUUUCUCUUGGUACAAGCAACCCUUGGGAGAAAAACCUCAGGUCAUCUCAACAGUCUAUAGGUAUGACGAGGCUCCUACAUUUUACCAUGAAUUCAAGGGUAACCCUCGAUAUUCAGUGCAAAGCGGCCAAGGAAUAAAUCACCUCAGCAUCUCAGACAUAAAUAGCUUGGAUUCAGCCUCGUACUACUGUGGGAGCGCACACUCAAAUGUGUUGGAAUUUGGAAAAGGAACCUUCCUCAAUAUAAAAGAUUCAGGCUCCAACAGCAAGACAGUUGUAGAGCAGUCUGUGUCUGAGUCAGUCCAGCCAGGAGACUCUGUGACUCUGAACUGUACAAUACACAUGGAGACCUGUGCAGGAGAACACAGUGUCUAUUGGUUCAGACAUGGCUCAGGAGAAUCCCAUCCAGGAAUCAUUUACACCCAUGGAGACAGGAGUGAUCAGUGUGAGAAGAGCCCUGAGGCUGGGUCUCCUACACAGAGCUGUGUCUACAACCUCCUCAAGAGGAACCUACACCUUUCUGAUGCUGGGACUUACUACUGUGCUGUGGCCUUAUGUGGGGAGAUACUCUUUGGGGAAGGGACCAAGCUGGACAUUCAAGGUGGUGAUAUUCAAGUGGCGACUGAAGCGGAUAUGAUGAUACUUGUCAUCUUCUCCAUCAUAAGAACUGGAGUUCUCCUCUGCUGUCUGACCAUCUUCUUCAUCAUCUACCUCAACAGGAAAUAGAUUAAUUCAAUGAUUCAGCUUCUCAGUCCUUUAGCUGUCACAAAUGCAAAUGGGAUUUACUGUCUUUUCAAAUGUUUCAGUGCUCGUCAGCCUUUCGACACGUUGAAGAUGCAGAUAUUGCUGUUCAGAUUUUCAAUAAAUUAAAUAAUCUUUAUUGAAAUAAUAUGCACAUUUUUAUUCAAUAAUGACAAUUCUACAGUGGAUCAAGUAUGAUGGGUUAAUAUAUUCAAACAAGACUAUUUCACAGCUGUUGCUUUAAGGGAGCAUACACAAUGUGCUUCUCAGAAACGUCUCCACCCUGCCCUCUCCCUCUUCCAUGCUUACAUCUGUUCAUUGAGAUGCUCAGUGCAGUGUAAUUUUCUGUGUCCAUGUUCAGAUUCUCAAAAAAAGACAGAGAGAUACAUGCUUUAUCCACAAUUACUAAAUGACUCACCGGGACUGUGGGUGUGCUUGGUCAACCUUAAUUAAAAAACAAAACAUAUACUUUUUGUAAAUGAUUGUUUACCAUUCAUACAUGAUAUAAUAUUAAUUUAUGCUAUUAAUAUAUUGCAUUCAUAUAUCAUAUAUUUUGUAUAAGGCAUGACAAAGUCUUGCAAACUGCUUUUUAUAUUGUUCAACAUACCUUGUGUCAAUUUAAGCUUAUCCUCAAUACUGACAAAACUAAAAUAAUGGUAUUUUCUAAAGAAAGAAAUAGACCUCCGAACA